AUGAAACUGUUAAGAGGUAAAGAGGUGGUGUCCACACAGUCUGGCAACUCAGUGCAGGAGGAUCCUGUCGAGGGACCUCUCCCUGGGUGUUACUGGCCCCCUGCUGAGCACACUUCCUCCGAGGCAGUGCACCGCGACCAGCUCUGGGUAGGCCAAGAACGGCUUGUGGUGAAGGUGGCACGAUGCUUUACAGCUCCUCCUGCCUGGACUUCGCCACCAUCCUCUGUUCUCAGCGUGCCUCAAUUGCGUUAUGCUGCCAGGGUGGGAACCAGUAGUUACGUUACUGUACUGGUUACAAGUUCUCCUCUGCUUCCUUUGCAUCGUACUCUUCGUAUCCUGGGUGGCUCUGUGGCUCCUCCUCACUCUGUCUCGUACAUCGUGUCCCUCCAGACCUCCCUUCAGCAGCACUUCUGUGGAGGGGUGCUCAUUCAUGAAUCCUGGGUGCUCACAGCAGCUCACUGCAACAUCGGGCUGGGGAACAUGCAGGUGGUUGCUGGGGAGACGGUGCUGGGUGAGCCUGAGGGGACGGGGUGGCGUGUCUCUGCUGCGAGACUGGAGCCACACCCACUCUACAACAAUGUAACCAAUGACAACGACAUCAUGCUUAUCAAGCUCUCCUGGCCCCUGGUUCAGAGUGAGGCUGUGUCGCUGGUGCCUCUCCCCAAACAAGGCUCCGUCCCGGAGAAGGGCCAGUGGUGUAAGGUAUCUGGCUGGGGCUCCACAUCUUCAGACUCAAAGCAGAAGAACUCUCCUGCCCUCCGCACUGUCUGGGUCUCUGUGGUCUCCUCCGAGCGCUGUAAUAGCAGCCGCUCUUUCAACGGGACCAUCACCCAGAACAUGAUCUGUGCAGGCUCCACGGGGAAAGACUCAUGCCAGGGUGACUCAGGUGGGCCCCUGGUGUGCAGGUCUCAGGUCUUCGGUCUGGUUUCAUGGGGGCGUUCCUGUGGGAAGGACGGGUUUCCAGGAGUCUACACCUCAGUUUCCAGGUACAGAAACUGGAUCGAACACACCAUCUCAACCUCCCACUGCACUGGACCAUCGCACAAAUGAAGCCCAACCAGUAUUCAACUUUAAAGUAUUCAACAUUAUAACUUUUAUCCAUGUUAUAAUGUCCUUACUGCAUUAAAAACAGACCUGAAAUUAUGUUUUGUUUCAUUCACACAUUUGAGUAAUACUUUUAUUAGUCUGUCUGUAUCUCCAAAGCAGUAGUUUUCAAGUUCAGAUACCUUUUACUUUUAGUUCAGUAGAGAUUGGUAAUUCCACAGGCCUGAAAUGAUCAAAAUAAAGCUAGUGAAGAUGUAUGGAUUUUAAAAACACAGUGAAGCACUUCCUGUAUUACUACAUGACAUCACGAGGUGCAACAAAAGUGGAAUACAAAAUACAAAUCCAGGUUUUGUUUGUGAUGAGGAAACAAUAUUAUAACAAAGAUCAGAAAACAGUGUAAUAUGGGCCCUUUAAGCUUGUACUAUCACCUUGCUGGUAGAGGAUCCACAACACCUUCUUGUCUUCAUGGAGAUGUCAUUGUUUUUCCUUGAAUGUUCCACAGUAUGGCAUUAAAUUCACCUAUCCAUAAUAUCUUUUAAAUGGGAAAAAGUUUUCAAAAUGUUGCAUAUAUGAGAGGAAGCUGAAACCCAUGAAAAUUACAUGAGAUGAAUGAUGAGAAAUGGAGUGUGUUGCCAUAGCGAUUAACAAUAAAAAAAAAAAUUAUCUCUUUUGAAUUUGAAAAGGUCCUCAGAAUGUAUGCACACAUGCAUUCUCACUUUGAGCGGGUUCACCUCUAUAACUUAACACGUACAGCAGUGUUUCCCAGCCUUUUUUUCUGGAGAUUCAUAUUUUAAAAGACACAAACCUUCGCGACCUAAGUCAAUAGACAUUAUUUGUAAAUCAAAUAAAAGUGGAUUUGAGUAUUACUGAACAUUAAUGAGGACAUUUUAUUGUUGACUGAGUGAUCGUGUCUCUGAUCAAUUAUUAUUACUCAAGUUUGAAACAAUGAAAAACAGUCACUGAAGCAGCAAUAAAAGGAUCUAUAAGUUGCCUAUUUGGACAUUAAAUGUAGCCCAUUUCUUUUUCUUUUCAUUCAGUUGAAUCAGCAAUACUGGAACAAAAUAGUCAAUAAAACAGUUGCUGUAUUUUUCGGACUAUAAGGGACACUGGAUUACAAGGCGCAAUAUCAAUAAAGUUGAAUUCUCUUGUCUAGUUUCAUACAUCAAUGCACCGGAUUAUAAGGCACUUUAAGUGGAUGACACUUGAGACUGAUCCUUGCCUCCCUGUCUUGGUGAAUCUGUAUUAUAAAUGUGAAUGUA